CAUGAAGGAAGCGAACAUGUCUUUCCCGGUGAGCGUGGGGGCUCUGCUUCAGGCGGACCUGCAGGAGGACGCUGCUCAGCGGGACGACGGCCUGUGUGUCGUCGGUAUCUUCGGUAAAGGUAACAUGCAGUCCGCGCCGCACAAAGAGUCGCUCAUCAACACUCUGGCCGACAAACACAUCUUCUCGCUGUUCGGCGGAGCGGAGGACGACGGCACGGCGGACAGCCACAUCCAGGCUUUCUACAACCAGGAGAGCCGGGUGCUGUACCUGCUGCUGUCCUCCGUCUACGACAGCCGGCAGCUGCUGCGGGCCUGCCAGUCUCUGAGCGCCGGCACCGGCCACUCCGACGCCCACGACUUCUGGAAAGGCCUGGAGAGACAGCACUGCCUCCACCUGCUCUACCUGUUCUCCGUGUGCCACGUCCUCCUGCUCGUGCACCCGAAUCAGACCUUCGAUGUGGCCUACGACCGGCUCUUCAGAGCCCUGGACGCCCUGCGACAGAAGGUCCUGCCUCUGAUCCGAGCCGCCAUCAAAGACUGUCCGGUGUCCAAAGAGUGGAAGGUGAACUGUCGGCCGUGUCCUCCGCGCCUGCUCUUCGUCUUCCAGAUGAGCGGCUCCCUGAAGGUCUCUGCGAACGGCUCAGAGUCUGGAGGAAACCCCGACAAACCCAAGAAGCACUCCCCCCGCCGGAGGCUGCAGCACGCCCUGGAGGACCAAAUUUAUCGCAUCUUCCGUAAAAGCAGAGUCCUGACCAACCAAAGCAGCAACUGCCUGUUCACUGUGCCGGCGAACCAGGCCUUUGUGUACGUGAUUCCAGCAGCGGAGGAGGACCCGGUGGGCGCUUUGCUCGGCCAACUGCGGUCCAACUGCAUCUUGUGUGAACAAGACUCCGCCACGUCGGCGUCAGGGCCGAGGCGCUACCAGCAGAUGAGACGUUCGGCUCGGCAGGCCGGCUUCGCGGGGGACUCGGGCGGUUUGUCGAUGGGCGGCCAGCUGGUGGACUGCAGCUUGAAGGAAUUCCUCUGGCAGCACGUAGAACUGGUGCUGACCAAGAAAGGCUUUGACGACAGCGUCGGCCGCAACCCGCAGCCUUCUCACUUUGAGCUGCCCACCUACUCCAAAUGGGUCCAGGUCGCCUCCAGGCUCCACCAAGUCCUGAUUAGCAGCACAGAAGAAGAAAUAGCCGAGCUAGCCACCAAAGUGCAAGGCCAGCUGAAGGUCUUGGAGGGUUUUCUCGAAGCUGACACGAAGUUCUCUGAGAACCGGUGCCAGAAAGCUCUGCCGCUGGCUCACAGCGCCUACCAGUCCAACCUCCCCCACAACUACACCACGACGGUGCACAAGAACCAGCUGGCUCAGGCUCUGCGGGUGUACAGCCAGCACGCCCGCGGCGUUGCUUUCCAGCGCUACGCUCUGCAGCUUCACGAGGACUGCUACAAGUUCUGGAGUAACGGCCACCAACUGUGUGAGGAGCGAAGCCUGACGGACCAACACUGCGUUCACAAGUUCCACCUGCUGCCUCAGCCAGGAGAGAAACCAGACAUGGACCGCAACCCACCCAUCCUGAACCACAACAGCAGGGGGCGCUCCACCAGCUCCUGUAACUGCGGCAGGAAACAGGCUCCCCGCGAGGAUCCGUUCGACAUCCAGGCCGCCAACUGUGACUUCUACCAGAUGCUGGAGGAGAAAUGCUGCGGGAAGCUGGACAGGAUCGAGUUUCCGGUGUUCCAGCCCAGCACUCCCGAUCCAGCACCAGCCUGCAACCAAGCUCAGCGACUCCCGUGCGAGGCCUCCGGGUCCGGCGAGGCCGAGAGGCUGAAGGAGCCGAGCGCGGCCCAGAGCCACACGCCGGCAGACACCAGCCUGAGUCUGGCUCUCAGUCUGGGCCAGUCCACGGACAGCCUGGGGCCCUACGGGGACGGAGAUGGAGCCGAAGCCCAAGUCCAGCAAAAGAGGCCGAGCCUCGUUGACCGGCAGCCCUCCACCGUGGAGUACCUCCCGGGUAUGAUGCACUCCGGCUGCCCCAAAGGCCUCCUGCCCAAGUUCUCCAGCUGGUCGCUGGUCAAACUGGGUCCAGCCAAGUCCUACAACUGCCACACGGGUCUGGAACAGCCGGGCUUCCUGCCCGGCUCUUCCUUCCUCUUGCCGUGGGACCUGGUGAUUCGCUCUCGGUCAGAGGAGGACGCGGGACUGACAGAGCCUUUGGACGGGGGCGCCUCCUCGUGGCCCGCUCCCAACAAGACACUGGUGGGAAAGCGAGGGAGCACCGGAGGGCUCGGUCGCAGUCGCAGGAGGGACGACAUGGCUCGGGUCUUCGUGGGCUUUGAGUAUGAAGACAGCAGGGGGAGACGCUUCAUCAGCUGCGGGCCUGAUAAAAUAGUGAAGGUUCUGGGUCCAGGGGGCGCCAAAGAUCCCGCCACCAGGGUGCUGAACACGGACAUGCCGCUGUACAUCCCCUCGCCUUCGCAGGGCCGCAGCCUGAAGCCGCACUUCGCCCAGCUGGCUCGCCUUUACGUCGUGGUGCCUGACGCUCCGCUGGAGGUCACCCUCAACCCUCAGGUGCAGCCUGGUCCUCCUCCCUGUCCAGUCUUCCAUCCAGAGCAGACGGACGUGACGCUGCCUCCUGAUGGUCUCUGGGUGCUGCGGUUCCCUUAUUCCUACCUAACGGAUCGCGGCCCCUGUUACCCCCCCAAAGAGAACCAGCCGCUCAACAACUACAAGGUGCUGCGGGGGAUCCUGAAGGCCACCACUGCUAACCCUCCACCGCAGUGAACCAUGAACAGCAUGAAGGCCGUCACCUUCCUGGACCUGGUCUUAUUUAUGAACCCCUCCUGAUGAGGCUCAGGAGAUUUUGUUUGUUUGACCCCCAGACCUCAUCAGACCUCAUUAGACCUCAUCAGACCUCAUCAGGCCACGAUUUGAUCCAUGUCAAGGGUGUUAGGAACUGCUGGAUAGAUUUCCAUGAGACGUGCUUCAGAUAUUCAGUGUUGAUUUCCAUCGAUGUAGAUCUUUGAUUUAGCCCAGUUACUGAACUCGUUCGUGCUCCUCAGAGGAAGAACCCGUCCAGACCCUCAGCGUCACACUCUGAGCUCUGACAACAGUCGGGUCAGCAGUGAAGCAUCGGAGCCUCCAGCAGCUGUUAGCAGAGCUUAAAUCUGCUGAUUCUUCAUAACAGCUUCAGAGCCCCCAACACACACACACACACACACACACACACACACACUCCUGAUGUCAGAUUGUGUAACUUUCCGAAACCAACAAUCCGACAUUCACACCCGCUUCACGCCGUGAUUGGCCAGCUGUGCGGAGGCGAGAAAACAAGCAGGAUGUGAACUUCCUGUCCGCGCUGAGCGUCGUCCAGCAGAGACUGUCUGGAAAUGUGUGCUGAUCAUUUACUUUGAGUCCCAUAACAAGCUUUUCUGAACAUUUCUGUUUAAUAAAUGCUCUGUGACACGCUAUAAUGCAGUUGUAAGCAGAUAGUGUUUGUUAGUGUGUUUUUCACCUGUGGGAAGGUGGAGGCUGCUGCAUUUACAGAUAAUUAAUGGUAAUAUAAUGAAACACAGUUGUAAUGAAAUAGAAAUUGUCUUCAUAGGAGAAGUUAUGUCGGCUGACAAAUAACGUACAAGAACAAAAGCACAACAAAUACCUUUAUAUUUGCAUACAAUGACAUCAUAGUGUGUUAUAAACCUUUAAUUAAACGUUUGUUGCCUGUAUUCUGCUUCAUGUGUGGUGUCACACACAGAUCCACUGAUACAGACGAUGAUCAGCUAGUGGAACGAUCGCGUUCUCCUGUAAAUAAAAACGACUUGUUCUUUGUCAGAGGUGAUCACUUGUAAAGCUGUGGGGGCUUCCUGUUUAUCACUGAUGUCGAGGUGAACACUAAAGUGAGCGAAGUGCAAAACUUCUCACUGAGACUGAUGCAAAACCUGCAGGUUCAUUUCACCCCAGCUGCAUUAUACUGUUUGUCCACUAGAGGGCGUCGGCCUCCUUCUUGAGCACAACACCUCAUCAUCCUCCGGAGGGGGCAGAUGAUCCCUUUAAAAGAAGAACUUUCUCCUUGACCAACAGAAGUGUAAAAAACAUGGAGGCCAGAAUGAGGUCAGCUGACUGCAGAGCUCUACUGUCCAAUGGUAAAGUCAGCCAGGUGUGGUUCUCUGCAGGUGUGUUGCAGUCGAUGUAUAGUCCAGAUGCAGCUUCAUCAGCCUGAAUACGACUGUGCCAAAGUUCAUCCUCACAAUAGAAGAAAGAAGACACUGAACAGGACGUCCUGCCGCAGCUUCGUCUUACAGAUUGAGUUUGACCUGAAACAGGUGAAAAACACACCUGAGACUCCAG